GUUUGGUUUGAAAGCCAGAAGGUUUACCAACAUACUUAUUUUAUUAGUUGGUUUGACAUAAUCGAAAACGAAAAUGAAUUUUAUUUAAUGGGUUGACGGCAAAAAAUGCACGUCAUUUCAGUAGAUUCCUCAGUGAAUACAUGAUGAGCCACCAGACAAGCAAAAGCUUACCAGAUGAACAUAACGUGCCGAAGGCGUCCCAUGAUCAUGCACCGAGCAAAGAUAAGUACUCUUGUCAUACAGCCAGUGCUGCCCCCUUCUGCCAUGAAUUGUGCCAUAGCAGCAAGAUGACAAAGGCUAACUGCAACUCGACACAAAGGGUGAAACGUCUCAAAACCAGGAAGGAGAGGAAUCAGAUUCGAGGUCAGGAGAGAAACGGGUCUCACACAUGUCCUCAGCACAGCAGAAAAGAAGGCAGCGAGAAAGCACAGAUUCAUUACUGUCUCCAUAGACAUUCAUUCACAUCGUGUGCUAGAAAAGUGAAGGCAUUUGCUAAGCCUUUUUCUCCCCAGAAGCCAAGCAUCAUAACUGAAGGACGCUUAACCUCCAUCCGAGGCCUUUUCAGCCAUGAGAUAAAAUCUAUAGAUAUUGAGAGGCUGGUAAGUGAGCAAAUAAAGAGAGACAAAAAGAGUAAAGAACAGAGAAAACAGUCUAUGACGCAUAGUACAUCUCCGUUACCUCCUCAGCUGCCCUCAGUACCUGAUUCAGGCCAAGACUGCACUCUUGAUGAUGCACAGGAGCCACUACAGCAACCAGGAAACAAUACACUGCCAGUGCUGCAAGUGAGGACAAAGAAAAGUUCAAGAAAAGGGCUUACAAGAAAGCACCCAAAUGUUUUUCAGACUAAUAGAGUUGCAGUUCCUAUGGGUUCACCUAGAGAGGAUGGUAAGCAUGAUAGAAAUGACAGUGCCAGGAGGGAAGAUACAAAUAGCAAAACGAGGCCAUAUAUUUCAAGUAGCCCAAGAGCAACUGAACUCAUGGUGUUGUCAUCCUCAGAAAAUGAAGCGGCUCACCAGUUAAGCCCUUCUCCAGCUGAAGCCAACAAGAAUUACUCUGAUAUUCCACAAAUGGACUCUAUGAAAUCACAGGAUGAAGGAAACAAUGAAAGCAGAAAUUCCACCUCUGACAAUAGAAGUGGUUUUAUUAAUAUCCAAAGAUUAGAGAAAACAUCUACAAUGGCAAGAUUCCCUAACAUUGCAGUUCCGCAAAUCAUCAACAAUCCGACUUUAAGCUUCAUGACCUCUCGUUCUGAAAUGGACUCUGGGACUGUUGCAAAAGCAGAUAAUGUUAAGCAGGGGGAGCAAAUGUCAGUGUCUGUUAGGAAAGCUAUGAAAAGGCUGGCUGCCCGUUUGUGCCAAGCAGUAGAGCUUCCAGUGCCAAACCGUCGGUGCCCCCUGCUGGAAGAGUGUAGAGAGGUGCUACUGCAAACCUUACAAAAAAGACAUGGCUUCCAAUUAGAGAACAAUCUACACAGGCUGCAAUCAUUGUUGAAUGUAAAGGAAACACACACUCAGUUCAGCUCUGGACAGAGACAUGAAGACCACCCAGACAUACAUUUGAACCAUUUAAUGGAAAGUGAUAAACGUGAAUGCAGAAGAAAUAAGGAGAUAUGGACAGAAGAAGAUGUUAAACAGGACUUGGACAAGGGAGCCUCCAUCAAGAAGCGUAGGAUACAAGACUGGAAGACUUUUUCCCUUCCUGUCUCCCAAAAUGAACCACUACAAUCCCACACAGACAUGUCUUUACAGUUUGACCAGUGUAGUGCAGCUGGGUUGUCUGAGAACCGCUUCAGUGCUCAGCAUCAUCCCAGCACACAGCUCUUUUGCCAAGACAAGGCCUUUACCCAGCAUGCUGCUUCCAUAACCAGUGCCCUGACCUGGGUUGAUCAUCCUUUUGAACCCUGUUCCCAGCAGCUAUUAGGGGAACCAAUGAGAAGAGGUGAGAUAUGUCACCAGUGGAAAGAAGAAACAGAUCCUAAUUUAAAUUCAUAUAGUGAAUACCAGAGCAGGAAACAAAUACCACAAGAGGCAUCUUUGGGGGAAUCCAGGUUAUUUUGGUCCCAUCAACUGCAAAUUCAGGAAGUAAGAGAAAGAUUUGCUCCAUUCUCAGUCUCUGCAGACUUGCCCUCAGAGGGCUUUAAAUACAAGCCCUUUUAUUGCUUUCCACAUCCAUCUAACUCCCAACACAGGUUUGAUUGGCUUGAUGUGACUCUCUGUCCCAGAGACACACUAGAUAGGGCAUUGUAUCCUCCACAUUACCUCUAGCAUAGGCUAUUUGCCAGAAUAAAUGUCAUCAAAUCAUUAUCUAUGAUAUGGUUAGACUAAGCACAAGGAAUAGGCAGAUACACUGACAGUUAUCUGAUUGCUGUCUUUAUUUGAGUAACAUGUUGUGUGGGUAACAUUUGUGCCUCUAUGCCUUUUAAUUUUUUCAAUGUGGUACAAACUUGUGUUGUCAUUUCCCAGUUUUGAAAAACCAUCACUUGUACAUGUGAUUUGAAACUGAGAGUUAAGUAUGCUCACAUUAUGUGUAAUCUUGAUUUUUCUAGUCUAUUUUGCUAUACUGAUAAUACAGGUAGUAUGAGUGUAUGAAAAUAAUGCAGUGGUUGGCACUUCUUAAGAUCAGACCAGUGUCUGUGCUGCACAAAUAUCAAAAGCACUUCACUUUCAUUUUCUCUUAGUUGCCUAUGUGUAUGAGGUAAAAUAAUAGUUGUAUAUACACCAGGAUUCUGCUCAUUUAUUUUUUGAUAAGUUUAUUUAUUUCUGUCAUACAACAUGAUUCUAGGUUAGUCUGUUUAAAAUUCUGUUAAAAAAAGCUGAAUGUCAUUUUGUGAUAUCCUUAAAUAAAACAGAUUGGUCUAUAUAAAAAAUGUAAUUGGGAUCUUCAUCAUAAUCAUUUACAAUUUAGUUUUUGUCUAGGAUAAAAUAUCUUUCAGUAAACUGAAAAUGCAAAAACAUUCAAGAACAUUAACAUAGCUGUAUAAUAUUCUUGUGAGAGUAAAUAUAUCACAGCUAUUUCACCUGUUGUGUUUCACAGCCAUUUGACAUGUUAUUACAAUUUCACCUCAAGGGCAUAAUAUUAAAAAAAUGCUUCCUGUGAGUUUGUAUCUUUUCUACAAUUAUC